AGUUCCUGACAUUUUGGUCUUUGGAAGUUCCUGUUUUGUGGUUGUUUUCUUUUUUUUUUAAUAUUUUGAGAGAGAGAAGAGGAAUUUAAAAGCCAUGACACCUACCUCUAAGGACAUAAAUAAGCAAAAUUGAGUUCCAGUGGUAGUUGUCUCACAGGAUCUCUACUGUGUCCCCGAUAUCUUGCACAAUAUGCCGACGGCCUCUCCAGUAAGCUUUUGGACUGAAGCAUCCCAACAAGUGAUCGCAGGCGGAUCAGCAGGUCUGGUAGAAAUUUGCCUGAUGCACCCACUGGAUGUGGUGAAAACGAGAUUUCAGAUCCAGAGAAACAAGUUGGAUCCAUCAAGUUACAAAAGCCUGGGGGAUUGCUUCAAGAAGAUCUAUCUUUCUGAAGGUUUGUUUGGAUUCUACAAAGGGAUUCUUCCCCCCAUCUUAGCCGAGACACCAAAACGAGCAGUAAAGUUCUUCACCUUUGAGCAGUAUAAAAAGCUGUUGCUUCCUCUGUCUCUGCCACCUGCCUGGGUGUUUGCAAUUGCGGGUCUAGGAUCAGGCCUGACUGAGGCUAUCGUGGUGAAUCCCUUUGAGGUUGUAAAGGUUCGUCUGCAAGCUAACCGGAAUGCAUAUGCACAGCAACCAUCUACCUUUGCUCAAGCGCGACAUAUAAUUCGAACUGAAGGAAUUGGUUUGAGAGGACUUAACAAAGGCCUGAGUGCAACACUGGGGCGCCAUGGAGUCUUCAAUAUGAUUUAUUUUGGGUUCUACUUCAAUGUGAAGAAUGCUUUUCCCGUCAACAAGGAUGCAAAAUUGGAGUUUCUAAGGAAGUUCAUGAUUGGACUGGCCUCAGGGACACUAGCAUCGAUCAUUAACAUCCCUUUUGAUGUAGCCAAGAGCCGGAUUCAGGGGCCACAACCAGAACAUGGAGUAAUUAAGUAUCGAAGCUGUUGGAAAACUAUUGUUAUAGUUUAUAAAGAAGAAGGAUUCCUGGCUCUGUACAAAGGUCUUCUCCCUAAGAUCAUGAGACUUGGACCUGGAGGUGCAGUCAUGUUGCUGGUCUACGAAUAUUCUUAUGCCUGGCUACAGAAGCAUUGGUAAACCUGCGUUUAAUUCAUGGACUCCUCAUCUGAUUUUAUUAAUUCAUGGCUACACGAGGCAGAUCAACGAUCAUGAAACGGGAGAUAAGUCGAAUAUAAUUACAAAAAAUUUUUUAAAUAUGGAUAAGGAAGUGAUUGGAUGAAGUUAAUUGUUUUAAAAGGGGCAGUAAUUUCUUCUGAUUUAAAGUUACUGUGGAGCCUAAUAACAAGUGAAGCUUUACAUUGUAUUCAUACUGCGUUAAAGGCCAUUUCUGUAUCAGUAUCACAUUGGAGUAUUCUUCAAACUGGCGUAUGAGAUAGGAAUUGCAUGAAUGAAUGUAGACCUAAUAUCUGAUCUUGAAAAAUAGAUCAAGAUUACCGUAUAUACUAGAGUAUAAGACAAGUUUUUCAGCACACUUACAUUGCCAUAAUACAGACAAGGACC